CAUCCACCCACGCUUGUUACAAUCGUCGCGGUGCCAUGUCGCUCUCAGUCGUUGCGGCAAAAACUUCGCCGGCGUCGGUCACCGCCGCCAAAGGCAGGCGGGUAAUCCACCAGGUGCCCUUGGAGAUACUUGAAGAUCCACUGCUCCAGCAAGCUGUCGCCACCCUGCCAGGCAACUAUAAUUUUGAGAUUUACAAAACCAUCUGGAGGAUAAGGCAGGCCGGAUUCAGGCGAGUGGCGCUGCAGAUGCCAGAAGGGCUCCUCAUGUUUGCCUGCACAAUUGCUGACAUAAUUGAGAGGUUUACGGACGCUGAGACGGUGGUGAUGGGCGACGUGACAUACGGAGCGUGCUGCGUGGACGACUUCACGGCCCGUGCUCUCGGGGCGGACUUCAUGGUGCACUACGGACACAGCUGCCUCGUCCCCGUGGACAUCACGCGCGACAUAAAGAUGCUGUACGUGUUCGUGGAUAAGAUCGACACGGCUCACUUCAUUGACACGCUGAGGUUCAAUUUCCCAAAGGGCUCCUCGCUGGUACUGGUCAGCACCAUCCAGUUCGUGUCGGCUCUGCAGGCGGCCGCCCAAGCCCUGCGGGACGACUUCGACGUGACGGUGCCGCAGAGCCGCCCGCUGUCCCCCGGCGAGAUCCUGGGAUGCACGGCGCCGCGCGUCGACAUGCCCGGCGCCGCCAUCAUUUAUCUCGGAGAUGGUCGCUUCCAUCUGGAAUCUAUCAUGAUUGCGAACCCGGAGAUCUCUGCGUACAGGUACGAUCCGUACAGCAAGGUGUUCACGCGCGAGGAGUAUGACCACGGGGCAAUGAGGGCGGCGAGGAAGGACGCCAUCGCUGAGGCCGCCAAGGCGAAGACGUGGGGACUCAUCCUCGGCACGCUCGGCCGGCAGGGCUCGCCCAAAAUCAUGCAGCACGUGGAGGACAGCCUGCAGAGGGCCGGACGGAAGUGUGUGCGGCUCCUCCUCUCGGAAAUCUUCCCCUGCAAGCUGCGCCUCUUCCAGGACGUGGACGCGUGGGUGCAGAUUGCCUGCCCCAGAUUAUCCAUCGACUGGGGCACUGCGUUCUGCAAGCCGCUUCUCACUCCUUACGAGGCGGCGGUGGCUAUCAAACAAAUCGAAUGGCAGGAGCGCUACCCCAUGGACUUCUACGCCAACGAGUCGCUGGGGCCGUGGACCGUGAACCAUGAGUCCCACCGGCCGGCCCGUCCGCCACGGAGAGCACCGCGCGAGGCCGCGAAAGGCGGCAGUCCUGCCGAGGUGACGACGACGGAGACGACGGUGACGUCGGCGACGUCUUGCGUGCGGGACUGCGGCUGCGUGAAGGAGUCCGGCUCGGACGCGCAAGCGUCGCAGCGCGCCGAGGUGGCGCUCGGCUCUGCGCCGUCGGAGGCCGGCGAGGCCGCCCCCCCCACCGCGCGCUUGGAGCCGGGCGGCCGGAUGAGCGCGGAGGACGGCUCGGAGCAAAGCGGCGGCGGCAGGACGCAAGAGGAGCCUGAAAAAAAGUAGUUUUGUACAACUGCAAGAUUGCACUGAACUUGCCUGCAAGUGGCACAACACAUUUUCGGGGGCCUUACCCGUUGACGCUUAUCAAAUCACGCGUCGCUGUUUCGUGAUUUCCCUGCACCUGUCAAGUCACGUACACGCGUUCAUUAAAGUAACUCGUAAGUCA